GAUGGUGUAAAUUAACAUUGGAAAUGAGAGACGAUUGGGCAUUAUUAGGGUUCUAGAAAGUACCACAAGGCAACGUUGGUGUAUCUACAUCUAUACAUAAACUAAACUAACUAAUAAAAGGUGAAAGAAAACUCCACCACCAAGUUCCCUUUCAUUCACUUCAUCUCUCCCUGUAAACCCACAAAGCAACUCUCUAGAGAGAGAGAGAGAAAGCUAUAACAGCUUCACUUCCUCAUCCUCUCAUUUCAACUUCUCUCACACACCAGAAGGCAGCGCCUACAAGGUUUCAACCAAAUCUCCAAAUACCAUUUUACAGCCAGUGGAAUUUCAUAUUUAUUGUCUCUUUGAGAAUUUAUCAUAAAUGGCUGUUGCACCUUUUGGUAAUACAUCAGCUACUCAAUGGGGAAUUCGUCCUCAGAUUAUUGCCAGAUCCAGCUCCAUAGCCAAAUUCGCAUCGUCACGCGAUAAUGUUACAAGCAGGGUAAACUUUAUGGCUUCCCCAAGUUCAACCUUUUUUGCUCGGGAUUCCUUGCGUUUUAACACAGGUUCAUAUCAAACUUUGCAUCGUCGAAAGGGUUCAAGGUUUAUAGUUAGAGCUGGCACAGAUUUUUACACUGUCCUCGGAGUGUCAAAAAAUUCUACUAAAGCUGAAAUUAAGACUGCUUAUCGGAAGCUAGCCCGGAAUUAUCAUCCAGAUGUGAACAAGGAACCUGGUGCAGAAGAGAAAUUUAAAGAAAUUAGUAAUGCAUAUGAGGUAUUAUCAGAUGAUGAGAAACGAUCCAUAUAUGACAAAUAUGGGGAGGCAGGGCUAAAAGGUCAAGGAAUGGGCAUGGGGGAUUUCAGCAAUCCUUUUGAUCUGUUUGAGACACUAUUUGAGGGCAUGGGCGGUGGAAUGGGCAGCAGAGGCUCUUGGAAUGGAGCAGUUGAUGGCGAAGAUGAGUAUUACAGUCUCAUUUUGAACUUUAAAGAAGCCGUUUUCGGAGUGGAAAAGGAGAUAGAGAUUAAGCGACUAGAGAAUUGUGGAACCUGCGAUGGUUCAGGGGCUAAACCAGGGACUAAAUCAUCCAGAUGUAACACUUGCGGUGGUCAGGGUCGGGUUGUCACACAAACAAGGACUCCGUUAGGUAUCUUUCAGCAGUCUAUGACUUGCUCGUCUUGCAAUGGGACCGGAGAAACUCGAACACCUUGCAGUACAUGUUCAGGGGAUGGUCGGGUGAGGAAAUCAAAGCGGAUAAGUCUCAAGGUUCCAGCCGGUGUGGAUUCUGGUAGUCGUUUAAGGGUCCGAAAUGAAGGUAACACCGGAAGGCGUGGUGGUUCUCCUGGUGACCUCUUUGUUAUUCUUGAAGUUAUCCCAGAUCCCGUGCUUAAACGUGAAGACACAAACAUUUUAUACUCUUGUAAAAUUUCCUAUAUUGAUGCAAUCUUGGGGACUACAAUUAAGGUUCCAACUGUAGAUGGAAUGGUGGAUUUAAAAAUCCCAACUGGGACACAACCAGGAUCAACACUUGUUAUGGCUAAGAAAGGCGUUCCAUUGCUGAAUAAAAAGAAUAUGAGGGGUGAUCAAAUGGUUCGGGUGCAAGUUGAGAUUCCUAAAAAACUGAGCAGCGAUGAGAGAAAACUUAUCGAGGAACUCUCGGAGUUGAGCAAAGGCGGCAAGACUGCUGCCAGUAGGAGAUGAUAUUUUGUUGGAAGUUGGAACUUGUAUGUGCCAUAAAUUUUCUUUUCCUUUUAUGGAUUCUUCAUUCUUGAACUUGGUAUAUAUAAGUUAUCACUCCUUAUAGACAUAGGCUGAUAUGAAGGGAGGAAAUAGGUUAUUACAUGCUUUCUUUCUGUAUCAUCUAUUGCUUAUUUUCUUGGAUUUUACAUUUUAAUUAUAUUCUUGGAUGUUGCUUUUUGAUUGCAUUGAAUUAUAUGCACCUAGUCAAUAUGUUAUUCAUAAAGGAGAAAAAAUAAGAAAAACUUAUUGCACACA